UUUUGGCCUAUCUGAGCUUUUGGCCUGAUGUGUUCUUUGUCCAACCUCUUGUCCCAUGAAUGAGAAAAAAAAUAAAGGGUGGGAAAGGCUACAUGUAAAACAGGAACAGGGCAUUUCAACUCUUAUAAAGAAGCUGAAGAUCUUGACUUAAAGAAGCCUGAAAGGCCGAAACCCUCCAUUUCCCAACUUGUCUUUAGACCUUGGCAAAGCAAUGGAAGACCAAUGCAGUCCACUCAGCUGGGGAUAUUGCUAUCAGGAAGAGGGGAUGGAAGAGUUAAAGCAUACCCUCUUGUACACAACCUUGGAGCUAGAGACAACACUAAUAUCAGCUAAGGAGGAGAUUACAAGAAGAGAGUUUGAAUUGAUUCAUCUCAAAGAUGUUCUAAGCAGGACAAUCAAAGAGAGAGAUGAAGCUCAAGCUAGAUGCCAGAAGCUGAUGUUGGAGAAAUUCAUACUUCAGCAACAACUACAACAGAAAGAGCAGCUGCAGCAACAACACCAGCAAGAAACUGCUUCACUUUCUGGGGUUUCUAGCAGUGAAGAUGAAUCCAAACCCGGUCACUCCAACAAGAAUCUUUCCAGUUCUGAUAGUAACAGAAGCAUAAUUUCAUCUCCGGUUUCAGACUCAAUUCCCCAUCCAGUGCAUCCACCAUCACAACCACAAUCACCACUUCCACAAGAAGCCUUAAAACUAGCAGCUAACAAGCGACUACCAGAGAAAGGAAAGCUGCUGCAGGCAGUGAAGGACGCCGGUCCACUCCUGCAGAACCUUCUCUUGGCCGGACCGCUUCCUCAGUGGCAGCAUCCGCCUCCCCAACUUACCUCCAUUGACAUUCCGCCGGUGGCCAUUUCUUCCCCUACGCAGCAUCUCAUUCACCAGGACUCUUUCAACAAUCUUAAUGGUUGUUUAAGCAAGAAGAGGGGUGCAGAGAACUAUGAAGGCUCUGAGCCUUCCCCUAACAACAAGUACCAGAAGGUUGUUCUCCACUGAACAAUACCUAUUGCAACCCUUAAUUCUCUAAUAUGCCAUCCUUCUCAUGCUCUUAGCGAAUCAGCAUGAACUAGAUGGCCAUUUAUCUGUCAAUUCAGAAUUUUGUACACUAGUUUUUGCCUUAGGAAUCAAAUAUCCUGACUACCCUCCAAUGUUGGAUGGAGACUUAAAAUGUCUUUAAUAUAUGCAUGACUUUCCUAAUUAUGUAUAUGAAUGGAAUCCAAAAUGAAGUUCCAAUUUUCCAGAUUAGUAAGGAACCUUUUAUGAAAUUUCUGAUGUAGCCAAAAUUUGGGACGAUUUUUAUGCUUCAAUCAAAUUAAUGUUGUGCCUUA